GCACAGUAAACAAGUGACGUACAAAUUUCGUGGAACCUGAAAAUACCAGCGUGCCCACCACUUAUACAGGUUGUUAUUACUGGUCUUUUUAAUCUUAGGCGUACGACGCACAUUCUUUUACCGUGAUGGUCUGUGACUGUUGCCCCUCUUUCUCUACCCCCCAUUCCCUUCUACUGUGUUUUCCCACCGACUAAGGCUGAACCCAUCGGCGAACCAGCGGCCACGGACGUCCCAGAUAAGCUUUCUUCUCUCUUCUCUAUUUCCUUCUCUUCGUCUUUCAAAUUGUUUGUUUUUUUUAAUCUUUUUUUCUCUUUAGGGUUUUGGACUUUACCGACAUCUUAUUUAUUUAUUUAUUUAUUUUUUUUCUAUGUGCAAUUCUCUAUUACAGGUUGCAAGAGUGAAUAAAAAUAGCAAACAUCUGAAUUGAGCAUUUGUAGAUUGUGGAUUUUGGAUUGUUUUGUGCAACCGGACUUCCAUAGUUUGUAGUGUGUUUUAACAGAGGGAAGCAAAGGAGCUAGAAAAGCUAUAUAUAUUGAAAAGUCCAUGGAUGACACUAGUGCCUCCAGCGUUACCCAAGGAAGCUGUUAUGUAAGAUCCAUAAAGGCCUUCAAGCGAAAAAAUAAAUCUAACCCAAAAGAAAAUCGUGGAGGGGAUGAUGAUGAGAUAAUAAGUAAUAGAGAAUCAAAGCACCAAAGGAUAUUGAGUUUGGUAAAUAGUGAAGAAGAUAAACUAAGGAUGUUGAAUUUGAUAAAUAAUGAAGAAGACAAACUACUUAGCAUUUUGGAUGCGGAUCUUCUUCUCCAUGUCCUUUCCUUCUUGCCUACCAUGGAAGCCAUCAGAACAUGCAUCUUAUCAAAAAGAUGGAAAUCCCUGUGGACUUGCAUACCCUCUCUGAGCUUCAGCCUGUGUGGAACACCAUUUAAAACUGUAUAUGAAUUUGUUUCCUUCGUGGAUAAAACCCUAACCCUUAACAGGUGUUCCAAGAUCUUCAAGUUUCAACUUGAUUUCCAAGGGUUUUGUCAUGGUCAGAAACUGUAUCUAGACGAAGAAGUUCUUGAUAGAUGGACUCUUUUUGCCACUAAGCUGGAGGUUGAGGAGCUCUCUCUUCUUUUAUAUGAAUUUUUGGAGGAUUGUAACCUCAACUAUAAUUAUGCACUGCCUAGCCAUAUCUUUGAAUGUUCAACUUUAACCAAGUUGUAUCUGUCACAUUGUAAUAUUGUCCCACAUCCAGUUAUUACUUGGACUAUGCUCAAGAGUUUAUCUAUUAAUAAAACCAAGUUAAGUGAUGAUGUAAUCUGGAAAGUAAUGUCUGGAAGUCCAGCACUUGAAGUUUUGGAGAUUCAUCGGUGCAUUGGCCUUAGCCGCAUUGAUAUCAGCUCUGGAAGUUUGAGGAAAUUGGUGAUAGAAGAAAAUUGGAUUCGGAAUAGUAUCAAUGACGAUGCUAUUAACUUGGCAUAUGGUGGCUUGGAAAUCUUUGCUCCCAAUAUAAAGGAACUGGAAAUUUUAGGGUUUUUCAUGAGAAAAUGUCAACUGCUUGAUGUUUCAUCUCUUGUUGAAGCUCAUCUUGUUUUUCAAUUGGCCAAUGAUACAGCUGCGUACUACAGAGAUAGUCAAAUCAUGUUGAGAGAUCUCUUGAGUGGUGUUCGGCUUGUCAAGAAACUCACAUUGGGUUCUUGGUGUUUUCAGAUUGUUACCAAGUUCCUCAAAGUGAAUUGUUUGCAUUCUCCACUGUCUGAGUGCAAAAAUUUAACGCUGAAAGUGAGAAUAAGAGCUCGAAAACUACUCGGUAUGGCAACACUGCUGCAUAAUUUUCCUCAUCUGGAGGCAUUAACUAUAGACGUUUCAUCUUGUUUUUGCACUGAAGACUUCUUCCAACCCUACAUAGUUGAGGAGGAAAAAAUCAUCCCCUGGGCAUCAAAAGAUUUAGAAAAGAUUUUGAAUUCUUUGGUCUUGCAUGAUCUUAAGAUUGUUAAGAUUGUUGGUUCUCGUAUGUGCAAUCAGAGGCAAAUUUUAUCACUAGCGGAGUUUUUGCUCAGGAAUUCGAGGGUUUUGGAGAAAAUGGUAUUUCUAGUAUCAAAAAAAGUUUGUUAUACAGCAUCUAAUAAGAAUGGAAACUGUAAAUGGGUUUCUUCUGGUUAUGAUGUGGAAGGUUUGCGAAAAAUUUCUCACAAGUUACAUAGUUUCCCAAGAUCAUCACCACAUGUGAAUAUUAUGGUCUCAUGGUGACAUUUCCUUAUAUGACAUUGAAUUUUUUAUUUAGUUACAACUUACUCCAAAGGCAUUGCAAAGUGCUUUUUGACUUUCUCUAUUUGCAAAGUACAGAAAAUAUUUAUGUUUU